AUGAAUAUGAUCAAAAGCUUAGUGAAGAAUGAGCCUCAAGGUUUUGUGAAAGAUUUUGAUCAAAUUAUCCAGAUCUGUGAAUAUGAGAUGAUUAGUACCACAAUUAUGAAGAAGCAAUACCAGAAUAUAUUCAACAUCAAUGAGAUAGAGAAGCAAAAGUGCAAGAGAUUUAAAUGUCAAAUUGGACAGAAAGUAGAAGGUUUAACUAGUGAAAAAGUUCAAAGUCUUCUAGUAGACUCUAUAAAGUCUACAGAGUCUGUUGAACAAGGCGUAGCGGUGCGAGGGAGAUUAGCCGUUGCUCCGGGCGACGUCACCGCUGCACGUGAUAGGAGUAUACAGAUUGGCUCCAUAUCCUUGGUUCCAAAGGGAUGUUCCGGGGGAUUUUUCCGAGGCCGGCCCAGAAAACACAGACGCGGUGGCAGAAGCGGUGGCAGAUGGUGA